AUGGCCACCGACUUCACGCAGGACUCCGUGCUGCGCUUCAUCAUCAACAACGGCGGGACGGUGCGAAACUCGGACUUGUUAACCCACUACAAGCGCUUUUUGCGGGAGGACGAGGAGAGAGAGCAGAACCGGGAGUUGUUCAAGAGGUAUGUGAACUGUGUGGCGACCGUGAGGCAGGAGGAGGGGGUCUCCCAUGUUGUGCUGAGGAGAAAAUACCGUGCGCAUCUCGGAGACGUCGCUAAAAACAGAGAUCAGGGACAAAAACAAGAGGCGAGCGGGAAACCACAGGCUGCUUUGACGAUCCCGGCUCGCUUUGAAAUCCUGCCAGCUGCUGGCAUCCUCAACAACAAUAACAACGACUCUACUCCCAGUUUUGAGAAAGCUGUCAGAGCUUCGUCUCCGCAUGGGAGGGAACAACCUGCUGCAUCCACUUCCUGUGAGGAGCAGGUUAGCGACACCUGCGCUUCGAAACCAACCCCGUCUGAUACUGACAGUCGCUCCAAUGGGAGCGGCCAGAGCUUUGAACAGCCAUGGGAGGUGAGAACGGCAGGGGAGGCAACGGAGCAGGAGCACAACGGCGUUUGCGUUGUCAAACAGAGACAAUCAAGGGAAGCAGAUGGUUGCGAGCAGUCCUUGGUCAACCCUGCGCAUUGUCCUUACUACGAGAUUACAGUGACGCCUGUAGAUGAAAGGGAAAGCACCUCUGAGGUUCACGUCAACGAAUGGCCUUUGCGCUCCACCCUCGGACAGUCUCACGUAUACAAGUCUUCACCAUGCCUUCUGGACCACCCACCCAUACACUCCCAGACGUACAAACAAGCUGGCUUAAGCCGAAGCAACGAUAGCCUACUAAGACCAAACGGGGGGUUUAAUGGAUUUCCGAUCCUGGAGCAAGACGAAUAUGAGCCUCACGGCUUGUCCGUUCACAAUCCUGCCACGUUUCUGCAGAUUUACCAUCGCCCAUCGAGCCUGUCCUCAAGUCGGGAUAGCCUCUCGAUUCCGUCCCCUUCUUCUACUCCGCCCGACACCGGUUGGCCACAUAGCAAUGAGUGGCCAAGCGAUCAAGGACUUGUCCCAGAACAAGACGGGAACGAUGUUCGCGCUUUCCUGCGCCGCACCCAGGAAGCAAAGCUGCUUUCGCAACUGCACCAACCGAGCCGCGCCAUCAUGUCCAUGCACCACUCGACGGGUCACCUCAUGGACGAGGACUCUAGGGCGUCUACUCGGAGUAGUUCCCCAGAGACCCGUCACGGACCCAUCGUCCGCCGCUUGACGUCCCGCCUGCGGAGUCGCAUGUGUCGCAGUCUCGGAGAAGACCUGGACCAGCCGUUCCCAGAGGACAGCAUCUCGGCGCGGCACAACCGUCUCCAGCUGCUGUCCUCGACGCUAAGCAUGGGAAACCUAGUCUCGCAGUCUUCCAGCCUAGGACAAAUUUCUAGAGACUUCUCAUCGCCUGCUGGAUCUGUGCGAAGCUUGUCGACCUCCGUCCACGAUGGUUCCUUCAGCAUCAAAAAUUCCUCCAUCCCUCUUGACCCCAGAGAGCAUGACUGGUUUGUCAAAGCGGCAUCAGGCACAUGGACCGACAUCUACUCUCUCUUCCGAGAUGAUCCAAACCUCCUGAGCAAGCGAGAUUUCAUAUCCGGCUUCACCGUCGUCCACUGGAUCGCCAAACACGGCGACCAUCGCGUCUUAAACACGCUGUGGUACGGCGUCGACAAAGCCGGGAUGACUCUGGACGUCAACGCAAAGACCUUGUGUGGCUACACGCCGCUCCACUUGGCGGCCAUUCACGGCCAUAAGAAACUACUUCGGCUCCUGGUGCAGAAGUUCAAAGCUGAUGUGCGGAUAAGGGACAGCAGCGGGAAGAGACCGUGGCAAUAUCUGAGCAAAGACGAACAACGGGAUAUCUUAGAACUUCUGGGUGCACCACAAAAACGCAUUAGUGGUAGUCCAGCGACGCCAGUAAACCUGUCCGUGAGGCCCGCGACGACCAAGGUGAACGUCAAAAGACAUACGUCUAUCGCUGCACUGUUCAAACACAAGUCUCACUUGAGGGUCUCAUCUGGUCCAGAAGCUUUUUAG